UACGUCACCCCCUCAUGUGUUCUAGCAUCUUCCACACCCGCGCCUGCCGCUUAUAUUAGGUGCGGGGACGCCGCCCCCGUCAGUACAACACUUGACAGUGCCGAUUCUACAGGUGGUUUGAGUCUCCUGGGAACCUAAUCACAAACACACGAAGAGAUGUCAGCUCCGGCUAUCGGAAUCGACCUGGGCACCACGUACUCGUGCGUGGCUGUCUUCCAGCACGGAAAGGUGGAGAUCAUCGCCAACGACCAGGGCAACAGAACCACGCCUUCCUACGUGGCAUUCACUGACACAGAGCGACUCAUCGGUGACGCCGCCAAGAACCAGGUGGCCAUGAAUCCCAGCAACACUGUGUUUGAUGCUAAACGACUCAUCGGCCGCAAGUUUGAUGAACCUUCAGUACAGAGCGACAUGAAGCACUGGCCGUUCGCAGUGGUGAACGAGGGCGGCAAGCCCAAGGUGAAAGUGGAAUACAAGGGCGAGUCCAAGACCUUCAAUCCUGAAGAGAUCUCUUCAAUGGUGCUGACCAAGAUGAAAGAGACGGCAGAGGCGUUUCUGGGCCGCAGCGUAAAGGACGCCGUGGUCACUGUGCCCGCAUACUUCAACGACUCGCAGCGGCAGGCCACUAAGGACGCCGGCACCAUCUCCGGCAUCAAUGUGCUCAGGAUCAUCAACGAGCCGACGGCCGCCGCCAUCGCCUACGGUCUCGACAAGAAGGUGGGCGAUCGCGGGGAGCGCAACGUCCUCAUCUUCGAUCUGGGCGGCGGUACUUUUGAUGUGUCUAUCCUCAGCAUCGACGAAGGAGUAUUCGAAGUAAAGUCUACUGCCGGAGACACUCACCUUGGGGGCGAGGACUUCGACAACAGAAUGGUGAACCACUUUGUUCAAGAGUUCCAACGCAAAUUCAAGAAGGACUUGAAAACCAACAAGAGAGCAGUUCGUCGACUUAGAACAGCCUGUGAGCGGGCCAAGCGCACUCUGUCAUCCUCUACUCAGGCCAGCGUGGAGAUCGACUCACUGUUCGAGGGCAUUGACUUCUACACGUCCAUCACGCGUGCCAGGUUUGAGGAGCUGUGCUCUGAUUUGUUCCGUGGGACGCUGGAGCCCGUGGAGAAGGCUUUGAGGGACGCCAAGCUGGACAAGAGCAGCGUCCACGAGCUGGUAUUGGUGGGUGGCUCAACACGCAUUCCCAAGAUACAGAAGCUGCUACAGGACUUAUUUAACGGUAAAGAACUCAACAAGUCCAUCAACCCCGACGAGGCCGUAGCGUACGGCGCCGCGGUGCAGGCUGCCAUCCUCAGAGGGGACCAAUCAGAGGGUGUGAAGGACCUGCUCCUGCUGGAUGUGGCUCCGCUGUCGCUGGGCAUCGAGACAGCUGGCGGAGUGAUGACAGCACUCAUCAAGCGUAACACAACCAUUCCUACCAAGCAGCAACAGGUGUUCACCACCUACUCCGACAACCAACCAGGUGUACUAAUCCAGGUAUACGAGGGUGAGAGAGCUAUGACCAAGGACAACAACCUGCUGGGCAAGUUUGAGCUGAGCGGCAUCCCUCCGGCACCGCGAGGAGUGCCACAGAUCGAAGUAACUUUUGAUAUCGAUGCCAACGGCAUCCUCAAUGUGUCGGCCGUAGACAAGUCCACCGGCAAGGAGAACAAGAUCACCAUCACCAAUGACAAGGGGCGGCUCAGCAAGGACGAGAUCGAGAGGAUGGUAAACGAGGCCGAACAAUAUCAGGAGGAAGACUCCAAGCAACGGGAGAGAGUGGAUGCUAAGAACCGGCUCGAGGCACUUUGCUUCAGCAUCAAGUCUGCCGUCUCGGAGCCCUCGGUGGCAGAUAAGCUUUCGGCCGAUGAAAAGCGCUCCAUCGAAGAGAAGGCUGAACAGACGCUCAAUUGGUUGGACGCCAAUCAGCUGGCAGAGAAGGAGGAGUUCGAGCACCAGACGAAAGAACUCGAGCAGGUGUGGCGGCCGUUGGCUAGCAAGAUACACGGCCAAGGCGGCGGCCCCGGCGCCGGUCCUUCAGCAGGGAGGGGUCCCACCGUCGAGGAGGUUGACUAAGGUGCAGAAUAUACUCCUGCUUGAAGCUCCACGAUGAAGAUUGUGGUCAUUUGCAGUAUCAAAGCGUCCAAAAAUAGUGUAUACCCUUUGCUGUAAAAAACACCUGCAGCCAGGGUCCAGAGUCUAUAUAGAAGUUGAUUACGACCUAAGUGUGACGUGCCGCUAACCAAUAAAAUAUAUAUUUUUGAUAACUACU